UUCAACAAAAAUUUCAAUUGAAUACAUAAUUUGCUGAUUGUAAAGUUUAAUAGCUUUUUGAAUAUUGAACAUAAAUGACGAACAGCGCAAAUAGCUUAAGCUUUUAAACGUAAAAGUUAUUUAUCUUCUGUUCUGGUAUCAUAAUCAUUUAACAAAGGGACGAACCUGUUAUUUGUAAAGCGCCAAUUUAGGUUGGAGAGUUUUGAUGAACGUUGCAUUUUGUAAAGUUAUCUGAGUUUAAGCAAUCGAAACAGAUCCGGUCUGCGACCACACGAUUGCGUCAUCACGGAUAAAUAAUUACCUACUUGAGGAAAACCAAACUCAUAGAUAACAAAAUAUCGGGCAGAUCAUGGUUUAAUUAAAUAAAUUGCCUAAGGUUAAAAACUGUGUACUGUUUUCCUCCUUGUUCAUUAGUCCUGUUUCAGUGUUGAACUAACUACAGUCCAAAAAGUGAGUGUAGUAAACUGUUGAAUUCAAGUUUACUAAAAGUUCUUUAAUAUCGAUUGUUUUCCUGAGUUUUUAAAAUGGAUGAUAUUCGCAAAAGAAGUAAUGCAUUUUGUGCCUGCUGUGGGGAAGGCAGGAUACCUAGGAGACCACCGAGUUUAAAAAUCAUAAAACCUAAAGUUUCAUGGGGAAGUGAAGAAACUAUUCGGAGAGAUGGGCAAAAGAUACUUUUACGUCGCAAUACUAUUUGAAAUGAAACAGCCAUUAAUUAUCAUUAAGUUUAAUUACCUGAACAACUAUUUCGGUCACAAUUUUUCUUACCCACAUUGUCUUAAGUGUAAGGUUCAAUAACUAUCAAAAUCUAUGUACUUUUAACAUGAAAGAUUUCUGAAAAUAAAAUAUUUAUAACAAGAAUCUGUAGUUUCUAUUUUAUAUUGAAAAGAAGUCCUUAAGCAUAACUUUGACAAUUUAAGAAACUAUUAUUAACCUAUAGUAAAAGCUACAUUUAUUUUACCCAAGGCUUGACAAUCCUCUAUGAAAAUGCAUAAAAACAAAGAAAACGUAGAUGACAAGAUUAAACACCUAAUUUACUACUUUCCAUCGCGUCAUACAGCAAAGUAUAUGAAGUAAACAGCUUAAUGUACUUUGAACACUGAUUACAAAGUUAAUCUACAAAAAACCUAGCCAACAGCUGAUAAGAAUAUAUUGAUUUUUGGAAAACAUACCGCGCUUAGUAUUUUUUGGUAAAUAACCAAAAAUCUCUGCACCUGUAGACUCCACCUCUUGCUCCUUUUGCACGUAAUAUAUUUAUCAUCUUUAUAUCAUUACGCUCGCACGCGACAUAGUACGGCGUCUUGAAUAAAUAAUUGUAAAGUCCCAUGUUUAUUCCGGGUUGAUUGCACAGCCAGGUUGCAAGCUUAU